AUGUCGGUGCCUUUGCUGAAAAUCGGGGUCGUGCUUAGUACCAUGGCCAUGAUCACCAACUGGAUGUCACAGACAUUACCGGCCAUCGUCGGGCUCAACGCCACGAAGCUGAGCGUGGCACCCCCGGGGGUGCCUGACCGGAGCACAGGAGUGCUGCCGGCUAACCCCGAGGACUCGUGGCAGGUGUACAGCUCGGCCCAGGACAGCGAGGGCCGCUGUGUGUGUACGGUGGUGGCCCCCCAGCAGACCAUGUGCUCCAGGGACGCACGCACCAAACAGCUACGACAGCUGCUGGAGAAAGUUCAGAACAUGACCCAGUCCAUCCAGAGUCUGGACCAGCGCACCCAGAAGGAUCUGCAGUACGUGCAGAGGAUGGAGGUGCAACUCCGCGGCCUGGAGACCAAGUUCAAGCAGGUGGAGGAGAACCACAAGCAGAAUACCGCCAAACAAUACAAGGCCAUUAAAGCCAGAAUGGAGGAGCUUAGGCCACUGAUACCAGUGUUGGAGGAGUACAAGGCCGAUGCUAAGAUGGUCAUGCAGUUUAAGGAGGAGGUGGGCAAUCUGACGUCAGUGCUAAGUGAGCUGCAGGAGGAGAUGGGCACGUAUGACUACGAGGAACUGCACAGCAGGGUGGCUAACCUCGAGGAGAGGCUGCGAGCAUGCAUGCAGAAAUUAGCGUGUGGCAAGCUGACGGGCAUAAGCGACCCCAUCACCAUUAAGACGUCCGGAUCUCGCUACGGAUCAUGGAUGACGGAUCCCGUCGCCUCAGAUGGAGACACACGGGUGUGGUACAUGGACGGCUACCACAACAACCGCUUCGUGCGCGAGUACAAGUCCAUAGACGACUUCAUGACGUCGGACAACUUCACGUCGCACCGGCUGCCUCACCCCUGGUCCGGCACGGGGCAGGUGGUCUACAACGGCUCCAUCUACUUCAACAAGUUCCAGAGCCACACCAUCAUCAAGUUCGACUUCAAGACCGCCACCAUCAGCAAGACCAGCCAGCUUGACUACGCUGGCUUCAAUAACAGGUACCACUACUCCUGGGGCGGCCACUCGGACAUCGACCUGAUGGUGGACGAGGGCGGCCUCUGGGCCGUCUACGCCACCAACCAGAACGCCGGCAACAUCGUCAUCAGCAAGCUGAACCCCAACACGCUGCAGGUGAUGCGCUCGUGGACCACCAACCACCCCAAACGCAGCGCCGGCGAAGCCUUCAUGAUCUGCGGCACGCUCUACGUCACCAACGGCUACUCUGGCGGGACGAAGGUGUACUACGCGUACCACACCAACUCCUCCACCUACGAGUACAUCGACAUCCCCCUGCAGAACAAGUACUCGCACAUCUCCAUGCUGGACUACAACCCCAGGGACCGGGCGCUCUACGCCUGGAACAACGGACACCAGGUGCUCUACAACGUCACCUUGUUCCACGUCAUCCGCUCCGAGGAGCUCUAA